CUUUUUUCUACUUUCCUCCAAACCCCUCGUUGAUAAAUUCCAUCGCAAUUUUAAAGCUAUAAGACCACAAUGCAGCUGCUCUCAAAAGUUCUACUGUCGAUCAAUUGGGUUUAUCUUGCCAAUGCCGUUCCACUUAACAAAACUGAGGCGGAUCUAGGUGUCCAGGCUAUUGCUCGCUAUGUGUUUGUUUGCAACGACAACAGUUUGGCAAAUUACUGCAGAGGCUCCCCAUACAACUUUCGCUGCACCCUGGAGGGAUACAUGCAAUCGGACGUGCCAGUUGAUAUAUGUCGCGAUAAAACCCGAUGCAGCUGUGAAUUACAAGCACAGGGAUGCAGCCCAAUAAAUCCGAUUUGUUAAAGACGG